AUGCUGAUACUUCGAGUGCUUUUCCUGAUUGUUUCUGUAUAUUCUGCUAGUAUAGGACCAUCCAAAAUGUCGCCUGAAAGUCAUACAAUGCAGCAAAAAAGGCGCUCAGGAAAGGUGAGCAGAUCGAUCAAUCAAAAAUUUAUCGACUUCUCUGCUAAACAAUCCACGAUUGGGAAAGUUAGGAACAGAGUUAAGCGGCAGUUCUUCUUUCCUGGAUACUACAACUCGUACAAUUCUUUUGGAAACUACUACUAUCCUUCUUAUCCUGGGUACUUCAAUUCUUACUACUACCCGUCUUAUUCUUACUUCAAUCCGCUGGGGACCGGAUCCCUCUGGGCUGCUGGUGGCGGACUGCUUGGGAAUACGCUAUCAUUCUUCAUUGGCAAAUAA